AUGGCAGCUCGGCGUGCGCUGAAAGCUGUCUUGGUGGAUCUCAGCGGCACACUUCACAUUGAAGACUCAGCUGUGCCAGGCGCGCAGGAAGCUCUUAAAAGGCUGCGCAGCGCUCCUGUUACCAUUCGAUUUGUGACAAACACAACGAAGGAGUGCAAGAGAGACCUGCUGGAGAGGUUGACAAAGCUGGGAUUUGACAUUGCAGAAAAUGAGAUCUUCACGUCGCUGACAGCAGCCAGAAAUCUUCUGGAGCAAAAGCAGGUGCGGCCUCUUCUCCUGGUGGACGAUAAGGCCCUGCCUGAUUUCACAGGGAUAGCCACCGAUGACCCCAAUGCAGUGGUGGUAGGACUGGCUCCUGAGCACUUUCACUAUGAGAUGAUGAACAGAGCGUUUCGGUUGAUUUUGGAUGGUGCUCCUCUUAUAGCUAUACAUAAAGCCAGAUAUUUCAAGAAAAAAGACGGCUUGGCUCUGGGACCUGGACCUUUUGUAACUGGACUGGAAUACGCGACGGACACCAAAGCGACAGUGGUGGGGAAGCCAGAGAAAACCUUCUUCCUGGAAGCUUUGCGGGGGACUGACUGCGCCCCAGAGGAGGCCAUCAUGAUUGGUGAUGACUGCAGGGAUGAUGUUGGUGGCGCCCAGAAUGCGGGCAUGCGUGGGAUUUUGGUGAGGACCGGUAAAUAUCGACCGGCAGAUGAAGACAAAAUCAAUCCGGCUCCUUACUUAACCUGUGAGAAUUUCCCAGAGGCAGUGGAACAUAUCCUAGAGCGUCUGCUAUGAGAAAGGGAAUAGUUAGUUUGAAGAAAUGUCUGUGUCACAUAAUUUCCUUUACUCUUACUUCAAAA